AUGACCAACGAUCUUCGUGAGCUCGAGAAGCAGGAGAGAAAUCUCCGGAAGACAUUGGAAGCGAUGCAGUAUUUCAUUCAACAUUAUACUGCUGACCAAGUCGAUCAAGAUUCGGUCCGUGCGGAGAGAUUGGAGCAAGUCUUUCAGGAAUUUCAUACUGUCCGUCGUAAAAUAGAGCUAUUAACCGAUGAAGUUUUCCCCGAUGAACCAUGCGACCAAAAGGAAUCCCAAGAGCAACGUAUGGCUCGUAUUUCUGUUUUAAAGGAAGAAAGAGAUGAUGCAAAUGUUAGAAUCAUCAUGAAGGUGGAGAUGAUCUACUAUAAUCUUAAAGCUGCACUUUCACGAUUGUCGAUAAAACCCGUUGAUGCCAUGCCAGCUGCCCAGCCUGUGUUACAACCUGUCCAAGCUAGUGUUUCGAAAGUGAAGCUGCCUGAAAUACGAUUACCGAGCUUUAGUGGACAGCUUAAGGAAUGGGUCACCUUCCGGGACACUUUCUGUAGCCUGAUACAUAAAAACCAACAAUUAUCAGCUAUGGAUAAGUUCACGUAUCUGAAAUCGUCGCUGAAUGGAGAGGCUCUGCAGGAAAUCAAUUCUGUUGAGAUGACAGAAGCGAACUAUGAUGUGGCCUGGAUUACACUGGAGCAGAAAUAUGAGAACAAGAAAUUAAUAGUGAAGGCUCAUUUGGAUUCGCUAUUUUCAGUAGAAGCGAUGAAGAAGGAGAGUUACGAGUCACUAAGUAAACUAAUCAGUGAUUUCGAGAAAAAUCUAUUGAUGCUGGAUAAGAUUGGAGAAACUACAGCGAAUUGGAGUACCAUAGAGAUGGUCGGGUAG